UGUUAUUUUAGUUUAACUAAGUUUUCUUUAUUUAUUAUCAUACAUCUUCAUAUGGAAGCAGCUUAUAUCCAAUCAAAACCCAGUAUAUGAGUUGUUGUAGUAAGUCAACCUAUCCGCUAGUAGGAUCUUUGAUUAUGUGCAAGGUAAACUAGCCAGUAUGGCGGAUGGGGAAAGUGAUUUGGAAACAGACAGGUUAGAAUUGGAACUGGAGACUUUGUACAUAUACUCUAACGACAACUGUUCAGUGCAAAGCAAGGAAUAUUGCUAUGAGUUUUGUAAGCUGGUGGAGGAGCAUACCGAGAGAUUGCAGGUGCCUCUGCCCCAGCUGAAGGUGCUGCGGACGGCUCUUACCUGCUUCACCAGAGCCACUUCUGCGUACCCCGACGAUUGUCAGCAUGUCUGCUAUGCUCUCAGCAGUCUAGCAUUGAGCUUUUUUGAGCUGAUGCUGUUCUUUGGUAAAGAAGAGUUUCAAGAGGCUCCAUUGAAGGACAUACUUGCUUCAUUUCAGGCCUGCCACCACCGCCUGCUGAGACACAGGAACAUUUACCUGCUGCAAGUGAGGCAAGUAAUCAAAGAUGGUGGACCCUGGGAGAGACCGACUCUACAGGCAAUCCUGAAAGACACUGGUAUCACACAAACAGAAGUGGAGAAGUAUCUGAGCUCAGAGAAGCCUGUGUUCUUUGAGCUGCGUGUUCGCUACCUGCAGGCUUGUGAGCGUGUGCAGGAAGCUAUGGCCCUGGCUAAGAGCUGCUUGGAGCACCCAGUGGUGGGAAGGCACCUGUUCUUUCACCAGGCCUAUCUCACUUGCCUGUAUAAGGCCUCGCUGCACGAACACCUGAACAAAGAGAUAGCUGAGCUAGAUGGCAGAGAUGCUGUAGAGAUCAUUUGUAACACAGAGAGCCAAGAAAAAGAUGAGCUGCUGCUUUCUCUGUGCAAAGCCUUCCUCAGUCAACAGCUACACAAUGGAGACAUGUACUACAUCUGGGAUCUGGUGUUCCUCUGGAGCAGACUGUACCUCAGGGCCCAUCCCUCUAAGCAGAGCUUUCUGUUUGAGUGUCGUCAGCUGAUGCUCUCCGCCAUCAAUGCCAGAGCCAUCUUCCCCUUCAUCAAAGUGAUCACUGCAGAGAUGGGCAGUGAGGGAGUGCCGCUGUGUGUGGAGCUUUGUGCUACAGCGCUGCAGACAGACCUCCAGUCUGACCCUGUGACACGCUGCCUGCUGUGUAAGGCCAUCGCCUUCCUGCUCCCCAGCGACCUGGAGGUGUGUCGCCUCUGUGCCCUGCUGGUGUUUUGCCUGGAGCGCAGUGUGGAGGCCUACAAGACCGUGUAUCUGCUCUACACACACCCCGAUGAGGAGCCCCACCACACCCCUGUCAGAACCAACAUCCGCUUCUAUGUCCUACAGGUGCUGAAGGAAGGGCUGUUCUUUGACCCAGAGUUCUGGAAUCUGCUCACACUGAGAACACACUGCCUGGAGUUGAUUACUGACAAGGCCAUGAGAGACGCUCUUAACGAGCUGAGGGAGGAGGAGGAGUGGGAGCAGGUGGAGGAGGAAUGGAUUCCCAGUUACUGGAUGGAGGAGGAGACAUGCAGAAUACACACCGAUUCCCCACAUCUCCACGUGAAUGCCAACACGGCACUGGAGAGCUGUAAGACAACAGACCCGGCGCCUGGAGAGGGAGAGGGUGGGGACCUCCCUGUAAGGAGGAGGAAGAAGAGAAGGUGGAUGAGGAGAACGAGGUGUAGGUCUGAUGUCGACUGUGCUGAUGAUCCGGAUAUUAAUUUGUCCGUCAAACACAAUCACAGUUUUGAAAACUCUGUUAAGCCGCCUGCCAACCGGCAAAGGGAAUACCUGGCCAGGCACGUAAAGAACAAAAUCCUUAAGAGGCGCGGCAGAAAACCAAGAUGGCUACUUCUGGAGGUGACCAGACAAACCGAGAACAAGUCCCAGAGGGGGACCAGGGUGAAGGGAAGGGAGGGAAUGAGAUUGAGAGGACCACCAGGUAUUGAAGAGAGGAGGGACGGAGGGGAGGAUAAAAGUGAGAGAGAAGUGGUAAAGGGGGAAGGGGAAAAAAGGGGCCGUAAAAAGGUGGACAAGAUAGAGAGGAGGCAGAUAAGGGAGGGCAAGAGACCUUACCGUAGGACUGUACCUGGCAUGGAGCUGUCCUUCCCUGAAAACGAAGUGCCUGUGGACCAGGAGGUGGUAGAGAACAGUCUAGAACCCAGUUUUAGUAUUAAACAGCAGUACAGUGAUUCUGAAAAAUACGUUAACAUGGGACAGCCUAAUGGUCUGUAUGCUGAAAGACCGUUUAAGUGUGACCUGGAAACAAAUGUACAGCCUUUAGUGUUAGAGCCUUCUGUGAAAGAGCCUUUAGAAAGGGAUCCUUCGGUUGUAGAGCCCCUAGAAGCUCAGCCUUCAGUGGUACGGACUUUGGGAGUUGAGCCUUCAGUGGAAGAGCCUUUGGAGGUUGAGCCUUCAGUGGUAGAGCCUUUGGAGGUUGAGCCUUCAAUGGUGGAGCCUUUGGAAGUUGAGCCUGCAGUGGUAGAGACCUUGGAAAUGGAACCUUCAGAGGUAGAGCCUUCAGGUGUAAAGCCUUUCGACUUCAAAUCUUCAGAGGUAGAGCAUUUUGAUGUAGAGCCUACAGACCUGGAGACUUCAGACUUAACGGUUUUAGAAGGUCCCAGCAUGCAGACCGAUCCAGAGCUGGACGGUCCAGCCUUGGAGAUGGAGGAGUGCCCACUGAAACUGUUCCACAUGUACUCCAAAAUCUCUAAAGUGACGGAUGCUAAGGAACUAACUGUGACAGAGGGUGAUGCCACAGUGAUAGAGGCGGGGCUAGAAACCAACACUCAGGAUGAGGGCCCACCACCAGACAAGGCUCCAGGUCGUUCCAAGCACCUACGCUUCCACUGCAGCCACUGCCAGAAGCUCUACAAGGGAGGCAAUGUGGUGAGACACACCCUGGCUCACCUGAAGCUAAGACAGACCAGGCUCAGCUGUGUCUUUUGUGGAAAACACUUCAGACGGUACAAUCACGCCAAGGAACAUGUUCUAGAGCACAUAGAGGAACUGAGAACCUCCGUGCUCAAUAGCAAGAUCAAACCUGCUGUUAAUGGGGAUGCAAAGGUUAUGGAGAAGCUUAAUCAUGCUCCAGAGAAUGAGACUAAACCCAGUGACAAUGUGACUGAUUCUCCGUCUCUGGCGGACCAGUCUCCCAAACCCAGACGUGCUAAAGUCAAGCCAGUGGUCAGCAAGCAGAGUCGAAUCAUCCAGAACCUGAGAAACCUGAUCAAAAAGACCCAGAAUCUGAAGUGUAAAAAAGACACGGAUAACCAGCAGGUGGAGGUGAAGGACGAGCAGGUGACCGUGAAGGACAAAGUGGUGAUCGUAAGAGACGUGGAGUCGGAGAAAGAGAGCCAGGGCGGGGAGGAGGAGGAGGAGGGGAAACAGAAGCAGUACCACCUGUGCCCCGCCGAGGGUUGUGACAGCAUCUUUACCAGGAUUGGCCCGUCGCUGCUGAGGCACGCUGCUACCUACCACAUGGAAGACUCUGCUGUCCUGGAGAAGACUUUCCAGUGGGGGAAGGGGAAAUGCCUGAUCUGUCAGAGGAUCCUGUUGGUGUUCGAGCACUACAGAGACCACAUGAAGGUUCACAAUGCUCCACUGAAACAGGCCUGCCCUCACAUAAACUGUAGCCAUCGCUUCAAGACCGUCCAGGAGCUCAAAGACCACAUGGACACCCACCGGCCACUCCAAGCCCCCUGUGGUUACUUGGGCUGUGGGAAGAUCUUCUUUACGAUCCCCUCUCUCCAUGAACAUGAGUGGAGACAUUACACCCAGCCCAAGUCUAAAGAGGAGGUAAUUGUGUCCAAAGGGAUGAGCCCUGACGGUGAAGCCCCCUGGAAACAGAGGGUGAAGAGCCAGGAUAUGACCGUGCAUGGCUGGAGGGGACAAAGAGAGACACCAACUCCUAAAUCCAGGCACUCUGAUCCACAUGAGAAGUGCAUUCACUGUAGCAGGUACCUUUGGAACCACCAACACUUUGUCGACCACAUUAAGAUCCACGAUGCCCCCCUGAAGCAGUUGUGUCUCCACCUGAACUGUGGCCAGCGUUUCUCCAGAACCCAACUGCUCUGGGAGCAUAUGGACACCCACCGGCCUCUCCAGGCCCUCUGUGGGUACCCUGGCUGUGGGCUGACCUUCUCGCGCCUCCCUUUGCUCCACGACCACGAGUGGCGACACUACAGUAAAGACAAGCCCCCAGAACCAACCGGAAAGGAGACUCUGGCGGGGGACACCAAUGGCAACAACGACGGCCACAUGGAGACUUCAGAUACCGGCGGUGCUGCCGUCACCACGCCAACGCAGCACACACCACCGAAACCCAUCAACGGCUGUGAUGGAGAGGACAACAAAGACCAAGCCCCUGAGACAGCCGACCCUGCCAUGUCCCAAAUCGCCACAAACACAAUCCCCCCUGCCAGAAUCCUCCAGACGUUCACCGAGACCAUGACCAUGAGGGAAGUGGACAAUAUCAUCACUUUGGCCCAGGUGAUGCCCGGUGGCGAGGAACCAGUCAUUGCAGAACACAAAACUUUCAAACCAGAGGAUCCUUCCUACUUACCCCUGGCCAAAGCUCCCCUCAUCCGCCCACCCCCCUCCACGUACCUAAACGAGGCAGCCCUGAGCAUGCGCAAGCGCAGGAAGCCCGGCGAAGCAGCUUCUGAAGGGCUUGUCAAAAAGAGCAAGGCCGCGGUGAAGAGUGUGCUGGGGAAGAAGAACGUUCCGGAAAGGGCUGUGGCUGAGAAGGAGGUCCCUCCUCAGAGACAGCGCUGCUCCAAGUGUUUCUCCUCCUUCACCAGUCCCGAGGACCUGGAGAAGCACAUCUCCCUAAACACUUGCUCGUCCCUCUUCAGCUUUGACUCCGAUGAUGACAGUAAGUAGCACGUAUGGGAGUGACGCUUCAGCUGGUGAUCGGUUAUGGGAACCAAAUGACAAUGACACGAGUCCUGGCCAAUACACAAUGGCUGCUUUAAAAAAAUGUAAUGACCGUACUUGUUUUGUACAUUUUAGAAAUGUAGCAGAUGGUCCUAUCCAGGAGAGAGGGGGAGUGUGUGUGUGUGUUUUUAAAGCAAGUAUUUGUUCAUGCAAAACUUAAUUUUGAUCCUCUCCUUCCCAGGUUAGUGGUGGAGGACUGGAGUGAAAGUUUUUUUUGUGGUGGGGAAGAGUGUUGAUGUUAGGCACUACAGAGACUUCUUGAAGCUCCACAGUGCUCUUCAGGUGUGUUCUGUCUGUCCUCUGAACUGGACCCAUCACAGGCAAUACUAGCACACAUUCAGCUCUGAGAGCUGUAGGGCCAGUUCCAUGGCAGACUAUUGGCACUACAUCCUACUACAUUCUUUAAUCAGUGUUAAUACUGCAAUACACUGUACAUAGGUCUAGACCAAACAGUUCUGCAUUUCAGUAAUUGCCAACCCUCAUUAAAAUACUUUCAGUAAGUAUUGUAAAAUCUCAGUAUGAAGAUUCAUACUGUAGAUAGGUGUUUCAAAAGUACUUUGAAAUAUAUUCAGUUUAACCUAUGUUUUAGUUCAGACAUAAAAUCUGACAUUUUGGGGUCAAUGUUAUUCAGUAUUUGAACAGAAUUUUUAUAAUGCCAGAAAUGAAAAACAGUUUCACAGUGUAUUAGAAACUGGUCAUCUAUGCAUUUGAUGACAAUUAUUUUGUAAAAGAGCAUUAAGAUGAAUGGGGGAAAGAAAUCACUGUUAAUGAACUGAUAAUGUGAUGAAUGAUGUGCACUUACCUGCAUUGGUCAUUUAUAUGAACCAAUGUUGAUAUUUAUUAAGUUUGUACUUAAUGUAAAAAUAUCCUUCUCAAUUACUCUAUUUUUCUUAAAGAAAAAUUACUGACUUUGUUUUCAAUAAACAAUUUCCACUA